CGGGGCGUCCGGGGAGUGGGGCGGGGCUCCCGGUUCCAGGAGCGUUCGUCCCUGAGCGCUGGGUCCCGGAGGCCGAGGCGGCUCCCGCCCGCUCUCCCCGCAGUCCUCGCCGCGAGCGUCAUGGCCCAGCCGCCGCCCGACGUGGAGGGGGACGACUGUCUCCCUGCAUACCGUCACCUCUUCUGCCCGGACCUGCUGCGGGACAAAGUGGCCUUCAUCACAGGCGGCGGCUCUGGGAUUGGGUUCCGGAUUGCUGAGAUUUUCAUGCGGCACGGCUGCCACACGGUGAUCGCCAGCAGGAGCCUGCCACGAGUGUUGAUGGCCGCCAGGAAGCUGGCUGGGGCCACCGGCCGGCGCUGCCUCCCCCUCUGUAUGGACGUCCGAGCACCCCCAGCUGUGAUGGCUGCCGUGGACCAGGCUCUGAAGGAGUUUGGCAGAAUUGACAUUCUCAUUAACUGUGCGGCUGGGAACUUCCUGUGCCCCGCCGGCGCCUUGUCCUUCAACGCCUUCAAGACCGUGAUGGACAUCGACACCAGCGGCACCUUCAAUGUGUCUCGCGUGCUCUAUGAGAAGUUCUUCCGGGACCACGGAGGGGUGAUCGUGAACAUCACUGCCACCCUGGGGAACCGGGGGCAGGCGCUCCAGGUGCAUGCAGGCUCUGCCAAGGCUGCUGUGGACGCGAUGACACGGCACUUGGCUGUGGAGUGGGGUCCCCAGAACAUCCGCGUCAACAGCCUCGCCCCUGGCCCCAUCAGUGGCACGGAGGGGCUCCGGCGACUGGGUACGGCUCUCAGGGAGCCCAGGCCUCCCACAGAUCCUUCCCUGGGACACAGGGUACCCAUGGAAGCUUCCAGAAACUUGGCAGGGGGUGGCCCCCAGGCCAGCCUGAGCACCAAGGUCACUGUGAGCCCGCUGCAGAGGCUGGGGAACAAGACCGAGAUUGCCCACAGUGUGCUUUUCCUGGCCAGCCCUCUGGCUUCCUAUGUGACGGGGGCUGUGCUGGUGGCCGAUGGCGGGGCAUGGUUGACGUUCCCAAACGAUGUCAAAGGGCUGGCGGAUUUCGCAUCCUUCUCUUCUAAACUCUAGGUGCUGGGUGGCCGAGGCAGCCGAGGUGUUUUAGGGGGAAGCCAUCCUCAGCCGGCUCCUAAGUUCUGGAACUUCUGCAGGAUUCUUCCGGCCACUGCUUCCCUCUGCCUCACAGCCAGGUGGAGAGCACCAGUCUCAACCAGCAAUGCCCGCAGCCCAGCCCCUCCUCCGGACACUCAGCUAUUUCUGCACUCUCCCUCCCCAUGGUCCCAACUCCAGGGCAGGAGCAACUGGACAGUGGGCCUGGCCCGUGGAGCUGCCAUGCAGGUGUCUGAGGGCUAGGUGCCACGCAGGUGGUGCGGGUGCAGACAGGAUACUGAGAUGUCUCCUGCCCCGUGGUCAAGGCUGUCCUGCCUGCCUGGGUCCAGGGCCUGAGGGAGCCACAUGGAUCCUGAGACUUGUGUUCUCUUGGCUGAAAGCACUGAGGUGCUCCCAUCCGUGCGUGGCCCAUGAGCUGGGACGGGCCUCAGGCUGCCCACAAGGUCGGCCCCUCUGUCUCUGCACCACCUGUUUGCAUAAACACACUUUGCUACAGUCUUGCUAGAUAGUCCAUUUUCUUAAAAGAUAAUCUGUUUACUGUAAAAAUAAACUGGACUUUGCAAAAGCUUUCAGAAAGAAAAAAGCAUUAAAGAGAAUUGCUGGUAA